AUCAAAUUUGUUUCCAUCAAUGAAUCCUAGAUCAUCUGUUAAUCAUUUCCAACUAUUACUGCUUGUAUUUCCGGUGUUUUUAGAAUGUGGUUUUUAUGUAGAUGUGGGCAUUUUAAACUGCAGAAGCAAUUCAGCUCACCAUCCAUGGUCCCAACCCCGUUUCGGUUAACUGGGCUGGAUGUAGAUGGCUGUUUAAGCUGAUUAACCACACCCUGAAGGAGCCAGUGAGGCACCAGGCAGCCUCAGCAGUAACUGUCCGUGGGUGCGGUUCCACGGAGGCCUAUCUCUGGAUUUCCCUUUGCAUCUUUGAAAGGAGAUGUUAGUGGAGCUUUGGCAUCCUGAAAAUAUUGAGAGAAUGGCUAAGAAAGAGAUGGUAAGGCCACUGCUGGGGAAGGACAAUGACAUUCAUCAUUACAACUUGCAGACAGUUACGGUUGGAAUUUUGGGCAGUGGCGAUUUUGCUCGUUCAUUGGCAUCUCGUCUCAUCUGUUCUGGUUAUGGUGUGAUCGUUGGAAGCCGAUAUCCUAAACGCAGUGGAGGUUUGUUUCCCAGUACCGUUGAAGUGACUAGUCAACGUCAAGCCAUAGACAGGGUGAACAUCAUCUUUGUGGCGGUGCACCAUGAACAUUACAGUACACUGAGUGAACUAAGAGAUUGUCUGACGGGCAAGAUUGUGGUCGAUGUCAGCAACAACGUAGAAGUAAAUGUGAGUGAAGAAUCAAAUGCAGAACGACUCGCUUCUUUGUUCCCAGAAUCUAUGGUUGUGAAAGGGUUUAAUGUCAUCUCAGCCUGGGCCUUACAAUCUGGUGCUAGAGAUGGAAGUAAACAGGUGCUGAUCUGCAGUGACAGCCAAGAAGCUCGGUGUGUAGUGAGUGAAAUCACACGAAAUAUGGGAUUCAUUCCUGUGGACAUGGGAUCAUUAUCAUCUGCAAGAGAAAUUGAGAACCUCCCAUUACAUCUUUUUCCUUCAUGGAAAAUACCUGUUCUCCUGACUGUAGUCUUAUUUGUACUUUUCUAUGCUUACAAUUUUAUUAGAAGUGUUAUUCACCCCUAUGUAAUGAAAAAGCAGAAUAGAUUUUAUAAGAUCCCAAUUGAUGUUGUUAAUGCCACUCUACCAUGUGUUUCAUUUGAGAUGCUGUCCCUUGUUUACCUGCCUGGUGUUCUUGCAGCCGCCUUUCAACUACGUAAUGGUACAAAGUACAAACGCUUUCCACACUGGUUAGAUCAGUGGCUUCAGCAAAGGAAGCAACUUGGCCUGCUGAGCUUUUUGUGUGCUGGCUUGCACGCUGUGUACAGCCUGUGUCUCCCUAUGCGUAGAUCGGCCCGCUACCAGCUGCUGAAUGAAGCUUCAGCUUUGGCCAAAGGUGAUAAGAUUGAUUGGGUAGAAGACCAAGUGUGGCGGAUGGAAAUUUACCUCUCCUUUGGAAUUUUGGCUAUUGGUGUGCUUUCAUUGCUUGCUGUGACAUCAUUGCCUUCAGUGGCAAAUUCUCUGAACUGGCGGGAGUUCAACUUCAUUCAAUCCAGACUUGGAUUUGUUGCUCUGGUGAUCAGCACGCUACACGUUCUAACUUAUGGAUGGGGUAAAGCCUUUGACUCUAGCCAGUACAAGUUCUACCUACCACCUACAUUUGCAAUUACUCUCAUUGUGCCUUGUAUCGUCCUUCUAGCCAAAGUGUACCUUCUCCUUCCUUGUGUGAAUCGUAGGCUGAUCCAGAUCAGGCGAGGCUGGGAAGCCAAUCACCAUGUGAGGUUCUGUGAGCUUAGUGAAGCAAGCCGUUUAUCAGAUUUCACUGUGGAGAACACCAGCAUGGUUUGAUUUCUACCUUCAAAAGUACCUCAUUAUGUUCUAUAGUUUUUUUAAUAUAUACAGUAUGUAAAAAAAAAUAGACAAUAGACAAUAGGUGCAGAAGUAGACCAUUCGGCCCUUCGAGUCUGCACCGCCAUUCUGAGAUCAUGGCUGAUCAUUCACUAUCAAUACCCAGUCCCUGCCUUGUCCCCAUAUCCCUUGAUUCCCCUAUCCAUCAGAUAUCUAUCCAGCUCCUUCUUGAAAGCAUCCAGAGAAUUGGCCUCCACCGUCCUCCGAGGCAGUGCAUUCCACACCUCCACAACUCUCUGGGAGAAGAAGCUCUUCCUCAACUCUGUUUUAAAUAACUGACCUCUUAUUCUCAGUCCAUGCCCUCUGGUACUGGACUCUCUCAACAUCUGGAACAUAUUUCCUGCCUCAAUCCUAUCAAAUCCUUUAAUUAUCUUAAACGUUUCAAUCAGAUCCCCUCUCAAUCUCCUCAAUUCCAGCAUGUACAAGCCCAAUCUCUCCAAUCUCUCUGCGUAAGACAGCCCUGCCAUCCCAGGAAUCAACCUAGUGAAUCUACACUGCACUUACUCAAUUGCCAGAAUGUCCUUCCUUAAACCUGGAGACCAAAACUGUACACAAUAUUCCAGGUGUGGUCUCACCAGGGCCCUGUACAAAUGCAAAAGAACAUCCUUGCUCUUGUAUUCAAUUCCCCUUGUAACAAAGGACAACAUUCCAUUUGCCCUCUUCACUGCCUGUUGCACUUGCUCAUUCACCUUCAUUGACUGGUGAACUAGGACUCCUAGAUCUCUUUGCAUUUCUCCCUUACCUAACUCGACACCGUUCAGACAAUACUCUGCCCUCUUGUUCCAGCUUCCAAAGUGGAUAACUUCACAUUUAUUCACAUUGAAUGACAUCUGCCGAGUAUCUGCCCACUCACUCAGCCUAUCCAAGUCUCCCUGUAUUCUCCUAACGUCCUCUUCGCAUGUCACACUGCCACCCAGUUUAGUAUCGUCAGCAAACUUGCUGAUAUAGUUUUCAAUGCCCUCAUCUAAAUCAUUGACAUAAAUCGUAAAGAGCUGUGGUCCCAAUACAGAGCCCUGUGGUACCCCACUAGUCACCUCCAGCCAGUCCGAGAAACACCCAUUCACUGCUACCCUUUGCUUUCUAUCUGCCAACCAGUUUUCUAUCCAUGUUGAAACCCUGCCCCCAAUGCCAUGAGCUCUGAUUUCACUCACCAAUCUCCUAUGUGGCACCUUAUCGAAUGCCUUCUGAAAAUCUAGGUACACAACAUCUACUGGCUUAUCCUCAUCUAACAUCCUUGUUACACCCUCAAAAAACUCCAACAGAUUAGUCAAGCAUGAUUUGCCCUUGGUAAAUCCAUGCUGGCUCGGCCUAAUCCUAUUUCUGCCUCUAGAUGUGCCACUAUUUCGUCCUUAAUAAUGGACUCAAGCAUCUUCCCCACGACUGACGUUAGGCUAACAGGGCGAUAGUUCUCCAUUUUCUCCUUCCCUCCCUUCUUGAAAAGUGGGACAUUAGCCACUCUCCAAUCUUCAGGAACUGAUCCUGAAUCUAAGGAACAUUGGAAAAUGAUUACCAAUGCAUCCGCAAUUUCCUGAGCCACCUCUUUUAGAACCCUCGGAUGCAGACCAUCUGGACCCGGGGAUUUAUUAGCCUUCAGUCCUACCAGUCUACUCAUCACAGUUUCUUUCCUAAUGUCAAUCUGUCUCAAUUCCUCUGAUAUCUUAUGACCCUGGCCCAUCCAUACAUCUGGGAGAUUGCUUGUGUCCUCCCUGGUGAAGACAGAUCUAAAGUAUGCAUUAAAUUCUGUUGCCAUUUCCCUGUUUCCCAUAACAAUUUCUCCCAAUUCAUUCUUCAAGGGGCCAACAUUGUUCUUAACUAUCUUCUUUCUCUUCACAUAGCUAAAAAAGCUUUUGCUAUCCCCUUUUAUAUUCCUGGCUAGACUGAGCUCAUGCCUGAUUUUUUCUCUCCGUAUUGCUUUUUUAGUUAAGAUCUGCUGUUCCUUAAAACUUUCCCAAUCAUCUGUAUUCCCACUCAUCUUAGCCCUGUCAUACUUCUUUUUCUUUAAUGCUAUACAAUCUCUGACUUCCUUUGUCAACCACUGUGGCCCCUUCCCCCUCUUUGAAUCCUUCCUUCUCAUUGGAAUGAACUGCAUUUGCAUCUUUUGUAUUAUGCCCAAGAAUAUCUGCCACUGCUGAUCCACUGUCUUUCCUGCCAGGGCAUCUGCCCAUUUAACUUUGGCCAGCUCAUCCCUCAUGGCUCCAUAGUCUCCUUUAUUUAAUUGCAACACUGACACCUCUGAUCUGCCCCUAUCCCUCUCAAAUUGUAGAUAAAAACUUAUCAUGUUAUGAUCACUACUUCCUAAUGGCUCCUUUACUUCAAGAUCACUUAUCAAUUCCUGUUCAUUACACAUCACCAGGUCCAAAAUAGCCUCGUUCCUGGUUGGCUCAAGCACAAGCUGUUCCAAAAAUACAUCCCUUAGACACUCCACAAACUCCCUAUCCUGGGGUCCAGCACCUACCUGAUUCUCCCAGUCCACCUGCAUGUUGAAAUCUCCCAUAACGACUGCAUUACCUUUAGCACAUGCCAAUGUUAACUCCCUAAUCAACUUGUACCCAAUAUCCACGCUACUGUUUGGGGGCCUGUACACAACACCCAUUAGGGUCUUUUUACCCUUACUGUUCCUCAGCUCAAUCCACACAGACUCUACUUCCCCUGUUCCCAAGUCACCUCUUGCUAAGGACUGAAUCUCAUUCCUCACCAACAGGGCCACCCCACCCCCUCUUCCCAUAUUUCUGUCUCUACGAUAGCACGUAUACCCUGGUACACUCAAUUCCCAGGCCUGAUCCCCUUGCAGCCAUGUCUCCGUUAUCCCAACAAUAUCGUAGUUCCCCAUUUUCAUCUGAGCUUCAAGCUCAUCUGUCUUAUUUCUGACACUACGCGCAUUCAAGUAUAGAAUUCUUAGCCCAUUCCUCCUCUCUUUGCUUAAAACACUGUCUACUGUACCUAACCCAGCUCCUUGAACUUCCAUCGGGCAAAUUGCACCCUGAAUUUUGAUGACCUUCUCAAGAUCACCCAAACCUUGUACACAUUUAACCCCAUGCACCUUCUGACCAACCCUCUGGAUCUGGAUCCCUGCCCCCUGCACAUCUAGUUUAAACCCCCCCGAGCAGCACUGGCAAAUACUCCUGCAAGAAUGUUAGUACCCCUCCGGUUCAGAUGUAGACCAUCCCUUCGAAACAGAUCCCAAUGUCCCUGGAACAAAGACCAAUUAUCCAAAAACCUGAACCCUUCCUUCCUGCACCAUGCUCUCAGCCUCGUAUUAAUGUGCAUAAUCAUUCUAUUCUUCACCUCACUCGCACGUGGCACAGGUAGCAAUCCCGAGAUUGUCACCCUGGAGGUCCUGCCUUUCAGUUUCACUCCUAACUCCCUGAACUCUCUAAGCAGGACCCCCUCACUCACCUUACCUACAUCAUUGGUCCCUACAUGGACCACUACAUCUGGGUUCAUGCCCUCACUCUCAAGAAUAGCCUGCACCCGAUCUGAGAUGUCCCGGACCCUGGCACCAGGGAGGCAACAUACCAUCCGAGACUCCCGAUCUGCCCCACAAAAUCUCCUAUCUGCCCCCCUAACUAUAGAGUCCCCUAAAACUAUCGCUCUCUUCUCUUCCCUCCUCCCCUUUCUAGUUGAGGGUUCAACUUCUGUGCCAACUCAUUCCUGGUAGGUCAUCCCCAUCCCCAUCAACAGUAUCCAGUACGGUAUACUUAUUGUUGAUGGGAAUGGCCGCAGGGGUGCUCUGCUCUCUCUGCCUGCUCCCCCUGCCUCUCUGGACCGUCACCCAUCUGCCUACUUCUUGGUUUUUUGGUGUGACUACCUCCUGAUAACUCCCAUCUAUCUCUGCCUCCACCUCCCGAAUGAUCCGUAGUUCAUCCAGCUCCUGCUCCAACUCCCUAACUCGGUCUGAUAGGAGCUGCAGCUGGACGCACCUUUUGCAGGUGUGGUCAUCAGGGACAACUGUGUUGACCCUGACCUCCCACAUACUGCAUACGGAGCACACCACUGCUCUGACUGUCUCCCCCAUACCUGAACUGGAUUAAUAGAAUAAGUCUAAAAAGCACCUAGCGACCUUACCUUCUUCCCCUCAGCGAGCAAUCACACAAGCUUACUGAAGUCCCCUUACGCCCACUUAGCCAAAGCCCAGGACUCUGCUUCCACGGACUCCGCUGCCCGCUCUGAAAAGAAGUCCUGCCUUUUGUCAAAUUACUGUUCAAGAUUAGUUAUUCCUUUACCUACAACUGAUUUUUGCAGAUGCUUUGUACAGAUGCCAAGACUGUGCAGUUAAGAUAAGAACAUUUUAAUAGGGCAAAUUUAGAAUAUAAUAGUUAUGGACUUUAAACAAACACUAGAGCUUCUAUGUUUAGAGUGACAUGUUAUGGUCAUAGAACACUUUAGCAUAACAUUGAUUGCAUUGGUGUAUCCUUAACUAAUUAUGGAGCAAGGUUACUUAGGAAAAAGAGCUGGUGUGUCUAUUGACUUAAGCAAAAAUAAUCCUGAAUAUUAAUAAAUUAGUAAGGUUAUCCUACAGGUAGAGAAGAAAUAAUUCCACACCCUAGGCACUCACUCCCUCUGCAUCCUUACCAAUUAUGUUCCCACAAGUUCACACUGACUUGAAGUGGCAAUUAAUUGCUGUAGCCAUUUACUAUGAUCUGACUGGACCAUAAGAUAUUACCCAACAUUGGCUUUUACUAUACAAGAGCAUUUGAACAUGCAUUAUAUAACCUUGCAACAAACUAAUUCAUAAUUUUCUGGAGUUAAAACGGGCCAUAACUUCUCAGCAUACUUGCAAUUCAGAGAAUAUUUUAAUUAAAAAUGCCAGAAGUGCUAGAUGCAUUCUAGUUAACAUGAGGUGCAAGUUUAGAACUUGAUUUUUCCUAACCUAUUCCCUAGAAUAUUAUUCCUGUAGAGCAAAAUAAAAUCAAGUAUUGUUCCAGUUAUCAAUAGGAUUGAUUGCAAAUAAACAUGACAGAAAAUACAUGGAUUAUGUUUCAAAAUCUAUACCAUGCUAAAAUAAACAUCCAGACCUACAACUUAAGCUUUUGUAGACUGUGCAGUGUAUUGUUUCUUUUAAACCACAAUUAUAAGCAUUAAAAUGUG